AUGGACAAGUCCUCCCCAGUUGGCUGUGGCCUGGCCGACGAGCCCAGACACGCCCAUCAACCUCGCCCCCCGAAGACGAAUGCGAUCAGGAUUGCCGCUAUCGCUUCUGGGCUCAUUUUGUAUUUCUCUUUUCCGUCCUUCAUCCCGCUCGGCGACAGGCCGCCAAGUUUGCCAUCCUCUCCAUUGGCUGAUCCAGAGUUUGAUUGGCUCCAGAUUGUGCCCCAGGAGCAAUUCGUUUACCAUCCCUGCUUCGGCGGUUAUCAAUGCGCCCGUCUGUCAGUCCCAAUUAACUGGAAUGACACCGCGAACCCGGCGAGAGCGGCCAUCGCCGUGAUCAAGGUCCCGGCAAAGGUACCCGUCACGGACCCCUGCUACGGCGGCGCCAUUGUCUUGAAUCCCGGCGGCCCCGGAAACUCCGGCAUCGGUCAAGUGCUCCGCAAAGGGCGCCACAUGCAGACCAUUGUGGAUGCGACAUAUCCCGCUUCUGAUCCGGAUGGUCUUUCGGAUGGCAAAUAUUUCGACAUAAUCGGCUUUGAUGCGCGUGCUGUUAACAAUACCACGCCUCACCUGACGUGCUUCCCAAAUAAGCAGUCCGAGUUGAAUUUUCUGGCACGGCAGCCAAGUGAUUUUCUCUUCGGGAUCUCUAACACUUACAUCGACCUUGCCUGGGCAAACUAUCGCGCCUUUGGCGAGAGUUGUGCUAUUCAGCACGGCGAUGAGCCAAACAUGGCUGAAUUCGCCAACACCGCCCAGGUCGUCGAAGAUAUCGUAGCGAUGAUUGAACGACAUGCUGAGUGGCGAGAGGUUGAAGCUCAGCAGAUCAUCAGCUUAUGUGACGGCUCCAAGUUUUCAGAGUCUGAUCGUGAGCGAAUUCUAGAUACAACACGCUGGCAGAAGGGGUCAGAGAAACUGAACUACUGGGGUGUGUCGUACGGCACAAUUCUUGGGCAAACCUUCUCAGUAAUGCAUCCCGACCGCGUAUCUCGGGUGUUGAUAGAUGGGGUUGUAGACCCUGAUGACUACUAUUCCGCAAACUGGUUGAAAAACCUGCAAGAUACUGACCAGAUCCUCCAACAAUGGGCAAGCUACUGCAACCAGGCACCGGAAGCUUGCCCUCUUGCGUCUCCUCACACUCCACCAAGUAUCAUCAACGAUCAAAAGCUGGUUGAGCCCUAUUUUGAGCUGUUCAGUGACCUUCUUCUGGAUCGCAACGGAACCUCAACGGCUACUCUUAAGAUGGAAGGGGACUUGACCCCUUUAUCUCUCAACGCUGACUGCAUCAAGGAUGGGUCGUACUCCGCCGCUUGUGUGAGGGACCAGGGUCCUAGUGGAUUCUUUGCAGCUAUUGCCUGUGGCGAUGGCCCGGACCUAAGAAACACGAGCAAGGCAGAAUUUCGAGAAUAUUUCGAGGAGGUUCGGGGCCAGAGCGACGUUUUAGGAGCAGCCUGGAGCGGACACCGCAUGCUCUGUAUAAACUGGCAAGCAAGGCCAGCUUGGAGAGUUGAAGGCCCGUGGACGGCAAACACCUCAUACCCACUUCUUAUAAUUGGCAACACGUAUGAUCCCGUAACGCCACUAAGAAACGCUCAUCGAGUAUCCACCUUGUUCCCCGGAUCGGUUGUUCUCCACCAAAACACGGAAGGCCACGGCUUGCAUGCCUCCCCGUCGAUUUGUACCGGUAAGGCUGUUCGGGCAUACUUCCAAGACGGGACUCUCCCGGAGAUCGACACGGUCUGUGAGCCCGAAUACCGGGCGUGGAUUGGAUGUGUGAACCCUGAUGGCUGCGAUGGGAGAAGUGACGAAGAUCAGGCUCUAUGGGAGGCGUUGAGUGGAAUGAACCAAAACUACCAGGUAAUUGCGUCCUUCAGCGCGUUGCAGACUCGUAAUCAGCUCUGCGCCGCAACCGGAAAGGGGCUGAGCCGUUGUGCCGAGCAUGCCAGCGAGAAAGAGCCCUUGAUCAAGGGCAAACUCAAAAUGCAACCCGCUACUCUGUAA